CUUUCCUGGUCAUACCCAGGCUUCAUCAUCGCAUCGAGGCAUCAUGGUUUCCUCAGAUUGGAGGGCUAGUCCCUGUUUCUCCAUGGCAUCCCCACCCUUCAGAAUCCACACGGCUUCCCUUCACGAUGGGUUCCUCCGCGUGUUGCUUGAAUGUCAUUGACACCCAUGACGAGUGCCUCGCCCAAGAGACCUCGCUUGGUCCUGAAGAAAGAGGCUCUAAUAAAAAGGCGUACUAUGAGAGAUUCCCUCUUCGGGACAAAAGUCCCUUGGCGAUAGCCUGGAUUGGCUCCCUCCAGGCAUUCUUCAUCUUCAGUGGAGGCCUAUUUGGGGGUCCUCUGUUCGAUCGAUUCGGCGCAAAGGUAUACUCGGGGGGCUGGCUGAUGGCUUUACUAUGUCCCCCCGUCCUGUACGAAAGAUGCUAGGAAUUUCGGCACGUACAUGGGCAUGGGCAUGGCGGCGGGGUCGAUGGCAGUGCUGAUCUGGCCUCCCAUCUGCGGUGUGAUUUACGAUCGCUACCAUGGGUUUAUCCAGGGUUCUACAUUUUGUGGGAUUGUAUGUCUGUUUGGGGGUCUUUUGGUUC